CUCGCCAAUUCAAGCCCACUGAAUAUUGCAGAGAUGGUAAAUUCCAUUCUCAACGAAAACCCCGGACUCCCAUUUUAGGAGGGAACAGAGAAGGGGAAAAAAAUGCCGAUCGCGCGCCCGGAGCCUCUAGAUGCUCGUGUAAUCGCUCACGUCGACAUGGAUUGCUUCUACGUCCAAGUGGAGCAACGAAGGCAACCUGAACUUAGGGGUUUGCCUACUGCUGUAGUGCAGUAUAACUCUUGGAAAGGUGGAGGCUUGAUUGCAGUAAGCUACGAAGCUCGUAAAUUUGGCGUUAAACGCUCUAUGCGAGGAGACGAGGCGAAGGAGGUCUGCCCAGAUAUCAAUUUAGUUCAGGUUCCGGUUGCCCGUGGUAAAGCCGAUUUGAAUUUAUAUCGAAAUGCUGGCUCUGAGGUCGUCAGCAUACUGUCUUCAAAAGGAAGAUGUGAACGAGCAUCAAUUGAUGAAGUUUAUCUUGACUUAACUGAGGCUGCUGAAUCAAUGUUAUUAGAAACUCCUCCUGAGGUGUUGGAGGAGAUAGAUGAGGAGGUGUUGAAAUCACAUGUUCUGGGUGUGACUGCUGAUGAAGAUGACAGGGCAACUAAAGUGAGAGAGUGGUUCUAUCAAAGUGAUGCCGAUCAUCGGGAUAAGCUAUUAGCUUGCGGGGCCAUUAUAGUGGCACAUCUUCGCAUGAAAGUGUUGGAGGAAACCAAAUUCACAUGUUCAGCUGGCAUUGCGCACAAUAAGAUGUUAGCAAAACUAGCAAGCGCGAUGAAUAAACCUGCACAGCAAACAGUUGUACCAUCUUCAUCAGUAAAGGACCUGCUAGCUACCUUGCCUGUGAAGAAAAUGAAACAGCUUGGAGGAAAACUUGGAAGCUCUUUGCAAAGUGAUCUCGGAGUGAAUACUGUUGGUGAUCUUCUACAUUUCUCUGAAGAAAAGUUACAAGAGCUUUAUGGCAUUAACACAGGCACAUGGCUAUGGACUAUUGCAAGAGGUAUUAGUGGAGAAGAAGUUGAGGGCCGUGUUCUACCAAAGAGCCAUGCUUGUGGAAAAACAUUUCGUGGACCACAGGCAUUGAAAACUACUGCUUCUGUUGAACACUGGCUCAAUCAACUGUCCGAAGAACUAAGUGAACGCAUUCAGUCUGAUUUCGACCAUCAUAAACGAGUGGCACAUACACUGACCCUACAUGCCAGUGCAUAUAAAGCAAAUGAUAUGGAGUCCCAGAGGAAAUUCCCAUCAAAGUCCUGCCCAUUGCGCUAUGGUAUUGUGAAAAUUCAAGAAGAUGCUAAAAAACUAUUUGAUUCUGCCCUUAAGGAUUUCUUAGGUUCUCAGAACAGCAGAUGGGGCAUCACAUCACUAUCUAUUGCAGCAAGCAAAAUAUUAGACACACCAUCAGGAACAUGCUCAAUUUUGAAGUUCUUCCCAGGCAAAAGUGUUUCUUCCACUCCAUUAAAUGGAUCUGAUGUGUUCGUCCAAGAUGAGUUCUCCCCUAUUGCCUUAGGGAUCAAAAGUUACACUACGGAAAGCAAUGACGAUGAGCAACAAAUAAGGUUUGAUUGUGAAGUGACUAGCAAAACUAAUUGCACAAUAAAUCAAGAUAGAACACUUCCAACUAGUGACAGAAAGGCAAAAGAUAAGGGAUCAUGUUCCAUAUUGAGGUACUUUCAAGGGACCAACUCUCAUUCAACAGAUCAAGCAUACAAUGCGUUCACUCAAGAUCAUGCACCUCCAUCUUCUGGAAGUGAGAGUUGUUCAAUGUUGAAUCAAACUGUGCAUAAAGGAGGUACAUUGGCAGAGGGCAAGAAUGUGCAUCAAAAUUUUCAGAGAAGUAACACAUGGGCUCUAAAUGUUGAGGACAUUGACCCUUCUGUUAUUGAUGAGCUGCCUCUGGAAAUCCAAAAGGAAGUCCGGGGCUGGCUUCGGCCUUCUAAGCGUUCUAAUACCACUAAACGAGGAUCAACCAUUGCUCACUAUUUCUCUUCAUCAUCUAAGAACUCAUAGUAAGCUAUUGGUUCAGGAUUGCACGUUAUCACUUCCCAUUGGCAAGAACAUUGUUGCAAGCAGUUACUUUCAAUUAAUCCCGUAUUGGAGAAUGCUAGAUUACUAACAAGUUGCCAUUUGCCAUGUAAGUGGUAUGUGCAAGACUACAAACCUAUUUAAUUGAGAUUAUAAUUGGCUUUGGCUGCAAAUUUUCAUUGAAUCAAGUUUCAUGAUGGGUUUAGCAUUGUUGUUUUCCGAAGUUUGCAACUUAUCGGAUCCUGGGCUUAGGUUCAAGGGAUUAUAUUCUGGAUUCACUUAUCAACCCUACAAUUUUCUGUCAGUUGACGUGAUUAUGUAGCUGUAUAUAGAUUACAUAUGGGACAAGGCUUGUCAGAUAGCAUUGUUUAUUUGUGUAUGCAUGCUUAGUUUUAGGUAUUUCAUUAAGUUGUAAAACUGGAAUGUUAAUUAAGCAAUGUAACAUUCGUAUGCUGCUAUGUUAAGUUUUCCGUUUUGGCUU